AUGGUUGACAUACGCUACCAGGUGAUUGAAGCAGCCGGACGCUACCAGGCGUCUGAAGCAGCCGGACGCUACCAGGCGCCUGAAGCAGCCGGACGCUACCAGGCUCCUGAAGCAGCCGGACACUACCAGGUUCCUGAAGCAGCCGGGCGCUACCAGGCGCCUGAAGCAGCCGGACGCUACCAGGCACCUGAAGCAGCCGGAUGCUACCAGGCGCCUGAAGCACUCGGACGCUACCAGGCGCCUGAAGCACUCGGACGCUACCAGGCGCCUGAAGCAGCCGGACGCUACCAGGCGCCUGAAGCAGCCGGACGCUACCAGGUUCCUGAAGCAGCCGGACGCUACCAGGCACCUGAAGCAGCCCGCCAACAGGCUCCACUAAGCCUAGACACAAUACUCCAGCCCCAACACAUGGACAAGGGAGCUGUCAUGGCAGGUACUUGGCGAAUAGAGAGACAAGCUCGAGGUAUUUCUCUUAACAAUAAUCAACAAACUUCUUUAUGA